GUUAUUGGAGUCGGAUCUACGAUGUCCCCGAAGAUGCAGGUGCCUCAGCUGAGCGCCGUCGCUUUGUGCAACGUCUCCACUUUGCUAAUGCAAUGUUUAUCCGAUGACGAGGGUGCGAAUUACGAGGCCGUAGCCACGUACUUAUUGGACGCAACGCACGAGGUCCUCCAGGAUUUACUGAAGCUGAUACUGAACGUGAAGAAUUUAGACGCUUCGACGCGUUUCAGCUGCUUGCAGAUGAUCCUCCGCGAAGAUAUCCAGCGUCUGGAUACCGGCUUAUUCCCGCAUUCCUACUACGAGAAGAUAUUGGAGGUGAUAGCUGCGAGUGGAAGAGGUCUGAAGCACUUGAACCUGAAAGGUAUAUGGCUCAGGGAUUACCCCGAAUCGUUGAGAGAUCUGAUCAGUAAAUUGAGUAAUCUUAAGGUGCUCGUGAUACCGCACAUGGCCGAUGAUCAAGUGCUCGAGGCUCUGAUCGAAUCGUGUCCGCAGCUUUCAGUUUUGGAUAUCUCAGGGGAAUGUAACUUCACCGCCGAUGGUUUGAGGAACGUUAAAAGUAAUCGGCUGAAGGUUUUGAGUGUUGGCAUGUACGGGAAGAGGACUGUAACGGAUGAUGAUGCAACUGAGUACGUUCGUACAAUAGUGCAGAUGUUAAAGAACUUACCGAAUUUGAACGUUCUGAAAACGUACUCGCACACCGGUUUAGCUUUGCUGGAGAUGUACAAGGAAAAUCCCGAUUGUAGGACUAAUCUCAAGUACAUACACGAUACGAGCACGUCGAUCGAAGUUCUUGAAGCCGUCGUCAAGUUAUGUCCGGAAUUAGAAAGUGUUAAUUUGAAUUCGCCAAAGGAGCGCGUCUUAUCCGGGCUCAGCAGUUUGAAGCGAUUAAGCAGUCUCAAGAUAUCCGAGCCGGAUUGUAGCGAGCUGAUGGAGUAUUUGGAGGUGGCGGGACGGAAGAUACAGGUGUUGAAAUUGAGUACGACGAGGGGUGAGUCUUUGGAUGUCAGUAGGCUCGCGGUCCUCGCACCAGAUUUACUCACCCUCGAACUCUACAAAAGCCGUCUGAUCUGUAUGCAUCCGGAUAACUAUUUCUUAAGCCUUCAAACCCUAGAGGUCCUCUACUGCGAUAUAUCAACGGUAGUAUUACGCUACCUCCUGCAGAAUUCGCCGUUCCUCAAACGCGUCAUCAUCGGUGACGAUAUCCACAUGACGGACGGAGACGUCUUCAGGAUUUGCGCUGAAUGCGAGUUUUAUGCUUUAGAAGAACUAUGGUUCUCGAGAGCGAGAAGUCUCACGGCUACUUCGAUCGAACUCCUCAUGGGACACUGUCCAAACUUGAAAGUGUUAGGACAAGUAUCGGGCUGGGAUAUUAGCUCCGACGAUCUCGACCUUCUCAGGACUAUCAUAACUUCAGCGAACAUCGACUUAACUCUCUUACCAAUAGAAUAAUAUGAGUUUACUGCGAGCGCAAAUAGUCGAUAUAAAUAGUCGACCCAAUGUUUUCAUAUGCAAGUGCCAAAUAAACGACUUCUGAAAUUUACAAACA